CAGUUUCUUCAAACUAUGGACUAAUUCAUCAGUUUUCACCUCUCGUUUUCGGUUUUUCCCUUUGCCUAAAACCAAUUCCUAAAAACUAUAAGAAACCAAACCAAACAAAACACUAAACAAGAAGAUACAGGAGAAAGAAAAGAACCUUUUCGAAAUUGUUUUGCAAAGUAUAAUGGGAUAGAAGCAGAGUGUCUUGUGGUUAUGAGGUAUGCCUUACAGCCCAUUCUAAUGCUCUUAUGUGUUUUCUUUGUUAAAUCUGAACCAAAGCAAACUAAAGGUCACUUGUACCAAAACCAAACUGGAUUGAUAGAUUUCUUAUCAUUUUAUCACAUUCAAAAUUCAAUAACAGGUGAGGAGGAGUCGCUAGUGACCAAAGAUAUAUAUACAAUACAUCCAUUCUUAUUUAUUAUACUACCUUGGUAUUUGAAGUUUUUUCAUACACCUGAAAAAUUGAUAAGAAAACGAUAAGAGCGUUAUUUAGUUUCUACUAUUGUAAACCGGAUCAUAACCGGUCCGAUUCAAAUUUUAAACCAAAAUUGAGUAAAAACACGUUUCCGGUUAAGCUUGUUGAACAAAACCUAAAGCUGUUUAAUGGAGUCUGUUAAGAACACAGAGAAGAACAGAGUUGCCGCCUAGAAGACAACAACAUGAGACCAGAGCUUCCUGGGUUUUAUUUCGACGAGGAAAAGAAGAAAUAUUUCGCCAUUAGAGGUCCAAUCCCAGGCUCAAAACCUUCUUCUUCUUCAUCGUCUUCUUCAAGAACGAAGCAAAAGCCAGACCCAAAGCCUCUCAAGGAACCUAAUUAUCAGAAGAGAAACAAACUAAAAGCUUUGAAGCUACUUUGUUCCCGAGAGCUAAGUGGAAGUGUUGUUCUUGUCAAUAAGAAAAAGUCUAACUUCAAGGAGGAGAUUGAAAAGACACAAGCCUCUAAUCCUCUGGUGUGGAGAUAUGAUUCCACUGAAAACAUAGGUGAUGCUGCUUUGAAAGAGUUUCAGGUUGAUAUACAAACAUCUCAAGGCUUGACCAGAAAGAACAUCUUAGUAGCUGGCAGUACUGGAGGCUGCUUGAGCAUACUGAGAGUGUCCAAAGCUGGACAAGUACCACCCUUUGAUGAGUUUGAAACUCAAGCUUUAUAUGGUGGAACCGAGUGUGAUCCAGUUUCUGUUCUUCCUUACAAAGAAAACAGAAGGGAAGCACCUAGGCUUAUAUGGAGACCAGCACACUCUCAUCUACAUGCCCCUUCCAGCAUAUCUUCUAUUCAGUUAAUCGGAAGCUCUAAUCCAUCUGAGAACUCUCACCACAUAAAGCGAGCAUUGAUCACUACACUUGGAUCAUCUGGACGAGGGUCGGUUUUCAUCUUAAGCCUUGCUGAGGAACCUUACAUUGUCACUCCGAGAAGUCUCCGGGGGAAUGUUUCUUCCGAGUGUACUAUUUGGACAUCUGAUUGCAGUGUGAGUGGGACUCUUGCAGCUAUUGGCACCAACCUAGGGGGCGCUUUGGUUGAUUUGGAGACAGGAGCUGGUUCUUACUUUCUCAGAAGCGAGAGCGAUGUUUUGGCGCUUCAGUUUCACCAAUCGAAGGGGAGCAUUGUUCAAUGCGGGCUCAGGAAUGGAGCUAUUGUGUCGGUUGAUGUACGUGAGAGACCAAGCAGGCUCACUAGACACCAGAUACGGUCUCAAUCAACGAGUGGGACAAGUCAAGCUACUGCUAGAAAAAAAGAAUGGUUUAAGCUUAAAGGAAACAUUAAUCCAUCUCAUGUGUUAUAUAUGCCUUCAUCUCUUACAUGCAUGAAGACACUGAAAACUUAUGAUCAGUACUUAAUGGCAAGCUCAAUGGAUGGAACGAUAAAGCUAUAUGAUCAACGCAUGGUUAAGAGAGGGGUGGCUGUACAGACAUAUGAAGGGCAUGUAAAUUCUCAUACUCGCAUUGAGUUUGGCAUCGACCCAUCAGAGAGAUUCCUCAUGUCAGGAGGAGAGGACUGCUGCACUCGCAUUUGGAGUAUAAAGUCUGGUCAGCUUCUGUCUGAGAAUAAAUUCUCCAACAGUGUCCCUUCAGUUGUGUGUUGGUCUGCUGUUGAAGGGCAAAGCGAGUUGAAAGAUAGCAUUGUUCAUGGGGCAUGGCUUGGAUCGCGUGAAGCAAUUUUCAACAUGUUUUAAGAUAUUUAGCAAAAGGUUUUUAGGCAAUGGAAGCUGUUGCAAGAGAUUCGUAUCUAAAUAGAUAGCAGCGAAACCAUGAUCUUGAAGAUAGAAAGUUCUUUUUUUUGUUAGCCUUGUAACAGUAAUAGGAUCAGCUGCGUUGAAAUUGUAAAGAAGUCAAAAUGCUUCUGCGUGUGUGUUUUUACUCUUUCUUCUAUCUACAAAGCUAAUGAAUUUUGGGGGGAGAAAUAA